GUUUUAUUGUAUAUUAUAGCGGGGCCCCGUGAAAUGAUUCCUAAUUGGCGUGUUUUUGAUUUUUUUACUAGAAUUAUAUAAUUGUUUUAUGAACAAUCGGCAAACCAAUCUUUAUUACGGCCACACACCAGCAUACACAAUGCUAGUCAAAAGCUUGUUGGGAGAGGUUCGGGGCCGCCACAAACGCCGCAUGCUUGUCGAUCGAUGGACGCCAGGUCAACCCUGAGUGAACCGUUCCCUCCUUUCAUCAGCGCCCCAACGCGCCGCGUUUUCCCUUAAAGCCGGCGGCUGCCGAAAGUAAAUAACGUUCCGCUUCUGAGGAAGAAACGGCCAUAAACCCCGCCUUGCUGUAAGCUUUCUAAUGAAUGAAGGCGAACAGAAGCGCCGAGGCGUCGUUUACUUCCCCCACCCCCCCGCUCCUCAUUGUGACGUCGCUCCGGCGGCGUUCCAUUCACGGCGAGAGAAGCAAGAAUGAGGCCGGCCGCCGGAGAGAAGGGAAAGGAGAGAGGAGAGGAUGUGGGGGGCGGAGCCAGGUAGUAAAAGGAAUCCUCCCCCGCACUCGAGCCGGCGUGCGGGGAGUAUUGCCACUACCAGCCAGCUCCGUUAUUAAUGACUUGAGCCUGAUCCGGCGCGGGAGCCAAAAUGUUCUAAGGCCUUAGCCGUUUCCCGGGCCAGGAAGGAGAGCCUGCACACAAGCCGGCAGCCAUGGUGGAGCUCCGGGAGAUGGACUGCAACGUGCUUCGGCACCUCCUGCACCGGGGGGACUGCAACGGCGGCACCAGUAGCAGCUCCUCCACUCCUCCCGCUGGCGGGAAGUGCCUCCUCUUGGACUGCAGGCCCUUCCUCGCUCACAGCGCCGGCCACAUCCGCGGCGCGCUCAACGUGAGGUGCAACACCAUCGUCCGACGGCGGACCAAAGGGUCGGUCAGCCUGGAGCAGAUCCUCCCGGCGGAAGACGAGGCGCGCUCCCGCCUGCGUUCGGGUCUCUACUCGGCCGUGGUGGUGUACGACGAGCGGAGCCCGCGGGCCGAAUCUUUGCGGGAGGACAGCACCGUGUCGCUGGUGGUGCGGGCGCUGCGCAAGGACGCGGAGCACACCAACAUCUGCUUGCUGAAAGGUGGCUACGAAAGAUUCCAGUCAGAAUAUCCAGAACUCUGCACAAAGACAAAAUCUCUUACAACAGCCUCUACUUUGGCACCCGUGGAGCAUCUGGACCAUAGCUGCAGUUCCUGUGGGACACCACAGCAUGAUCAGGGUGGCCCGGUGGAAAUCUUGCCUUUCCUCUUCCUUGGCAGUGCACAUCAUGCGGCUCGGAGGGACAUGUUAGAGGCCCUGGGAAUCACGGCCUUAUUAAACGUUUCCUCGGACUGCCCCAACCACUUCGAAGGACACUUUCAAUAUAAGUGCAUCCCAGUAGAAGAUAACCACAAAACUGACAUCAGCUCCUGGUUCAUGGAAGCCAUCGAAUACAUAGAUGCUGUUAAGGUGUGUCACGGACGGGUGCUGGUGCACUGCCAAGCUGGCAUCUCCCGAUCAGCUACCAUCUGUUUGGCUUACCUAAUCAUGAAGAAGCGAGUCAAGCUCGAGGAGGCCUUUGAGUUUGUCAAGCAACGACGGAGCAUCAUCUCUCCAAACUUCAGCUUCAUGGGUCAGCUGCUUCAGUUUGAAUCCCAAGUGCUGACCACUUCGUGUGCUGCCGAGGCUGUGAGCCCCUCAGGAACGCUAAGAGAGAGGGGGAAGGGCUCCUCCACACCUACGUCCCAGUUCGUCUUCAGUUUCCCAGUCUCUGUGGCCGUGCAUUCCACUUCGAGCAGCCUUCCUUAUCUGCAUAGCCCUAUCACCACCUCUCCCACUUGCUAGAGUAAGCCUUUGGGGUUACACCUAGGGACAUUGAAGGACAGAAUCCUACAGCCCCGUUGGCAAUCACUAUAGGCAAUAAAGAACUCUGCCCGCCCCCCCUCUGGUCCCCUCAUUCCCUUACAGCCAAAUGGAAUGCACCAAAGACAGUUAUAGUCAACGUUGCAGCUAGGACGGAACCCGGGGGGGGGGGGGGGGGGGGGCAGUGGGUUCCGGCAUGUCCUUUCUUGGCAAGAUGUUUUACCUCAUUUUCUAAAACUAUAUAAAAAGCUUGAAGUUUUAAAGUCCUGAUAAUGUUUUUGGGUGUUGGGGAGGGAGAAGGCGAAAUGUGGUUGAACCAUCAGGCUGUGAGCCAGUGCUCCCAAUAUUUUGGACUAUAGAUUCCAGAAUUUUCAGCCAGCAUGAACCUACAGUCUCCAAAUAGGUGAAGGUUGGAGUAUCUGCAUAGGUGUGAAGAGCCUGCUGGGGCAGGGCGCAUUUAAAAAAUGAUUGGGAAGGAAAGCUUUGGGUAUUAUGUGAACAGAGCCCCCUCUCUCCUUUUUUACGCUUCUGCAUGAGCAAUAGUUGUGUUAAAUAAAGCAGCUAUUAAAAGUAGCUGCAUCUUUUGGUCAGGCUUGCUUGAAGUCAGAAUCAAGGGCUGCUUUUAACAGAUGCACAAGAAGUCUUGGGUUUACACAAGGUCCAAAACAAGGCAUCCAAUCUGAUUUUGAAAUGUGCAUUCUCCUAGUUGACUGCACCUGAUCACCUUGUAGCAGCCACAACACCCGGGGUGGAUGUAUUUUAUUAAAGUGCCUGGUUUUUUGUUUUUUUUUUAAAUUCUUGAUUGGAAUUUAUAACGUCGUCACCUGUUUUGCGAAGCCGAGGUUUUGCAUAAAGGGAAAAGAAUGGAAGGCUCACUAUGAAGUGACUUUCAGAUUCUUUCUCUGUGUCUUAAACCAGUUUAAAAUAAAAUAAAGGAUUCAGAUUUAUGAACAUAGGGAAGAUGCUAUUUUUUGAGGUAACUAGGGAAAAGUCAGGGACCUGGAAAUGCUUGCUUGUCCUCCCAGCUUUUGCCUCUGAAGGUGAUGUGACAAGAACAACGUUUUUUGUUCAUACUUAUAUUCUUGGUUCCUGAUUAUGCCUCUCUGGUGUGAUAACUUGAUUCUGACUUCAAGGAAGCCUUUUUGUGUCAUCUGAAUAAUAGUAAACAGGCUUCACUGACACAAAUGGACAGGCAAGAUUUUUUCUUCUUCACCUAACACUGGGCAAAACUCUGCAUGCCAAGUGGUUUAGUAUCUUGAGACACCAGGGAAGAAAGCAUUAUCUUAUUUAGUGGGGCAAGAGUAAAGACAGCUUCCAAGCAGCAUCCCCAACAGUGAGCUGAAGAUGCUGGUCUCAUAAGCUCCCGUCAGUAUAGCCGAUUUGUAAGCAUCAUGGAAGCUGUCAGAAUAUUUGGUGGGAAUCAGAUGAGGAAAGGCUGAAUCUUCCCCAGGCAUGCUGGCUCGGGAAUUCUGGGAAUUGAAGUCCACACUUCAUAAAUAUACCAUGAUUGAGCAACACUGCUCUAUAAAAUAAUCCUUCACGUGGAUCCUCAAAGAGGAUGUAAGUGUUGCACUCUCCCUCCCCAGGAAUCUUAUAUAAUGUGGAAACUAAAACCUUUGCAGCAACCUUAAGAGAAAGCAUGUAGGGAAAUAUUUUUCUUCAAGAGCGAUACCAGCCUGUAAGAUUCCUAGAUAGCAAGGAUAUAACCCUUUGGUUCGUUUCAAACUCCUCCAAUUUACUGGUGAAGCCAAUUUUAAGCAGGAUUUUUGAGCAAAACAUACAAUUCCCACUGGGAUUUAGCCCUCAUUUCUUUUGAGUAUAGCCCCCACUCUCUAAAAUUGGGCUAGACUCAAUAAAAAGCACCUGGCCUUUCUCCAGUCCCACAUUGCUCUCUCCACCCCAAAUUGGACCCAUCAUGUUAUGCCAAAGAUAGCCACAUGAAUCUUCUACACUUAAGCUAGUCUUUCAGACUAGAAUGGUUUCAAGUUUUGCUCCUUGAUUAUAUAGCUGGGUAGAGUUUACUGUGAAGAGAUCUUUGACUUCCUUAAAGAUUAGCUUUUUACUGUCGCACGUCAGGUGCCUAUGGAUGAUAAGUGUUUUCACAGGCAGGAUCUUGCAGGUUCUGCCUCCUGUGGGUACAAAAUGGAAAGUUUGCACACCCCUUUGAACAUGAUUUGGCCUUCCCUUCAAAGUUUUUGAUACUACACCCAGCCCAAUUGUGUAUAUUUUAUAGGUUGUCUAAAAUGCAUGUGUGUGUUUUUUAGAUUGUGACUGUUUAAUUUAUUGCUUGAUAAUUAGUUGAAAUAAAUUUUCAGCUGUGGUUACCUUU